AGCAAAAAUAAUUUAGUUUGCGACGGGCAAUCAGCGUAAGCAGUUGUAUAUUUCUUCACCACAACAUUUUCGACGAAAUACCCGUACGUGUCUAGUGAGGCGCUGAAUUUCAAAUAUACAUAUGCAUGUGCAUAUGUAUACAUAAAUAAAUAGCAAUAAAUAUUCAUUGUUGUGACGCUCAAUAUGAAAGGUGUUAUUAUCAUUGGCCUUAUGGCCAUCUCAAGUAUUUGGCUCUAUCAAAGGGUGAACGAUUUAAUUAAACCACUGCCGAAACCAGAAUUAGAUACAAAUACAUAUUGGGGACCUGACAACCCAACGGACUAUGAGGCGCCCAAAGAUGUGGUGCCAUUUAAAAUAGCAUAUGAUCAAACGAUUAUCGACGAUUUGCGUACGCAACUCAAUCGCACUUGGAGAUAUGCGCCACCUUUGGAGGGUAUUAAAUUCGAAUAUGGUUUCAAUUCGGACGCACUUAGGCAUAUUGUAGACUAUUGGCGUGACUACUAUUUGCUUAAAUGGAGAGCGCAUGAGGAAUUUCUGAAUUCGUUGCCGCACUAUAAAACCGAAAUUCAGGGCUUGAACAUCCACUUCAUACACGCAAAGCCAAAGCCAGAAGCGUAUAAAGAGAAGAAGGUGGUCCCGCUACUACUGUUACACGGCUGGCCCGGUUCGGUGCGUGAAUUUUAUGAAUUCAUAAAUCUCCUCGUGGAGGUAUCCGAUAUUAAUGAUUAUGUUUUCGAAGUCAUUGCACCCUCGCUGGUCGGUUAUGGUUUCUCUGAUGCCGCCGCUAAACCCGGUUUUGAUGUCGCACAAAUGGCCAUUGUAAUGCGUAAUCUUAUGUUACGUUUGGGCUACGAAAAAUUCCUGAUACAGGGCGGUGAUUGGGGUUCAAUCAUUGGCAGCGCUAUUUCCACGCUCUUCCCCGAAAAUGUGAUCGGUUAUCAUUCGAAUAUGUGCCUUUUGUAUACACCUUUAUCUAUGAUUAAAUCCUACAUUGCCAGCUUUAUGCCGGAACGUUUUCUACCCCAGCGUUUCUUCGCCGAACAUCAUUUCCCCUUAAAGGAUAAAUUUAAGCUUCUGCUCGUCGAAUCCGGUUACUUCCAUUUACAAGCGACCAAACCGGAUACCAUCGGUAUUGCAUUGCAGGCCAGUCCGAUUGCUUUGGCCGCAUAUAUACUGGAGAAAUUUCAACAGACAACAGGCCCAGGUCUCAAUCAGGAGUUUAACGCCAUGGACAAAGUGUACAAAUUGGAUGCGCUUUUAGAUAAUAUUAUGAUUUAUUAUCUCACCAAUUCGGCCACUUCAGCGGGUCGUUUCUAUGCGGAAAAUAUGUCGAGAAAGUUUUUGGGGCUGCAAUUGGAUCGCGUUCAAACGCCUGUGUCAAUGGGUUGCGCUCGCUUCAAGUUCGAUCUGCCGCCAGCUCUGGAUUGGGCGCUCAGAGAUAAGUUUCCGAAUUUAAUUCACAGCACCUACUACAAUCAAGCUGGCCAUUUUGCUGCACUGGAAGUGCCGGUUAUGUUGUAUAUAAAUUUCCAAGAAUUUGCGAAGAAAGCAAUACAAAUAGAUGAAGCGAAAGUUUAGAUUUUAUUUUUACUUUUUUUAUUUUUGUAAAUAGAUUUUUCGUAAAUAAAACAU